ACAGCCAUUUGAGAGCUUUGGCAUGGCUUCGCUGCUGCUAUUUUCCAGAUAAAAAGGCGAUCAGUUCCCAUCCGCCAUGUUUCAAUGAACGGCGUGAGACGAUCCCAAUGCCUUUUCGUCGGCUAGAAUGUGUUCCUUGUCGUCAAUGUAACCUUGGUUUUAUUUUUGGCUUAAAGGAGACGCAACAAAGCGUACAAAAUGGAUGUGCUCUAGGCCCGUGCGAAUAAGUAGGUUUACUAUAGCUUUAAGAAGGCGAAAAUAGCGUCUGCUUCUUUAAAAUGAUAUCGGUUUAUUAUUGAAUAGAUAAUUAAGAAAAGUUUUAAUUUAUAAAUCAAUAAAAUAGUGUGUAUAAUAUCUGCGACGAAUCCAACGCAUUGUGUGAAAUAUGUCACUGUCCGAUAAAGGCCUCUCACAAUCAAAGCGUUUUUAUAUCAGAGCUCUUCCACUUCUCUUCAAAUUACAAUUAAACCUUGCGUUUGUGGGGGAUCGCAGGUAAGACGAAAGAGAUAGAUGCAAAUGGAAUCGAAGAGUGGCCAAAAUGAGGAUGAAAAUAAAUGGGAAGAGUCCGAGGAACAGAAGGCCGCAGAUCAGACCCCGACUACUAGUACAAGCGUAAGCCCGCGGAGGGGCUUGAGAGCCCGCAAGGUUGGCCGUCCAAAGUCGGGCGUACCCGAUUCAUCGGACACAAAUGGAGCGGAGCCGAGUCCUCGGAGCUCUGGCAGGGUUUUGCGAGACCGGUCGACCCGGUCAGUGCCAGCUUGGUUAAAGGAUACCAAAAGUGAUGAGGAAGACGAACCUACUCCGUUACUAAGUGCAACCAAACGGAGAAAAGUUUCGUAUUCUAGACGAAAGAAACCUACAGAAUCUGCAGGUUGCUCUGAACAAGCUGGGGAGGUCGGUGGUGACAGUACUUCAACCAAAGACUUGGAAGAUCUGGAUAACCCUGCCACAAAUGUCCAUGUCUCCCCUACCAGGGGCCCAGCAGCCCAGUCCCGGGGUAAGACCUCCUCUGCCAGGGCAGCCAAGGGCUCUGCCAGGCCGAUCUGUAAGAGUGAGCCGGGAACAGAGACCCUAGCAGUGACGGAGAGACAGGUGAAAGGGAAGGAGAAGGGCACCACAGCCAUUCAGAAGAAGGAGGAGGCCGAGGAGGAUGAAGUCAAUGAGGAAGAUGUGCCAGGAGAGAAAGGCCUUCUGUUUGAGGACCAACCCAGCGAUGGCAACUACCAGCCCCAAGCUCAAAGUGAAGAGGUAGAGGAGCAGGUGGGGGGUCUCAGCAGUGAUGAGGAUCCGCCCUUCAGAGAUGACUUGAACGACCAAAGCUACAACCCCAAGCCUGAGAGAGAGGCUCUGAAGCCAAAGCGCCGGGCCCCUCCCAAGCCGAAGGAGAAGAAGGACGUCCCCACCCUCCCCUCCACGGCAGGAGAAGCUGCGGACGUCAAGGUGGAGGGCUCAGAGUACAUGGAGCCCCUGGAGGAGGACGUCAAGACGGAGGAAGAGGCAAGGGAGGACCCCGAGGGACCCAGGAAGAGAGGGAGACGAAGGAAAGAUGAUAAAACCCCAAGGCUUCCAAAGAGAAGGAAGAAGCCCCCGGUCCAGUAUGUGCGCUGCGAGAUUGAAGGCUGUGGCACGGUGUUGGCCCAUCCACGCUACCUGCAGCACCACAUAAAGUACCAGCACCUGCUGAAGAAGAAGUAUGUGUGCCCUCAUCCGUCCUGCGGCCGUCUCUUCAGACUGCAGAAACAGCUGCUGCGCCACGCCAAACACCACACAGACCAGAGGGACUACAUCUGUGAGUUCUGCGCCCGUGCGUUCAAGAGCUCCCACAAUCUGGCGGUCCACAGGAUGAUCCACACUGGGGAGAAGCCACUGCAGUGUGAGAUCUGCGGCUUCACCUGCCGCCAGAAGGCGUCCCUCAACUGGCACAUGAAGAAGCACGACGCCGACGCCACCUACCAGUUCUCCUGCUCCAUCUGCGGCAAGAAGUUUGAGAAGAAGGACUGCGUGGUCGCCCACAAGGCCAAGAGCCACCCCGAGGUGCUGAUCGCCGAGGCCCUGGCCGCCAACGCCGGCGCGCUCAUCACCACCCCGGCCUCCAUGCUGGAGCUGCAGGGGGCGCAGGUCCGGCCGGCCCAGCCCGAGGCGGCCGGCCUGGAGGCGGCCCCGGCGCCGGGCCAGCACCACGUGGGCCACCAGGUGGUGCUGCUGGGGCAGGACCACCAGAGCCUCCACACCAUGCAGGUGCCGGUGACCAUCGCCCUGUCCCCGGCCGACCCACCGUCGCCCGACGGCCGGCAGCAGCAGCACCUGCAGCUCCAGAUGCCCCUCCACUUCGUCCAGACCAGCGGCCUCCACGGCCAGCAGCAGCAGCAGCCGCAGAUCCAGCAGCUCACCCUCACCCAUUCCGGAGCGGUGGUGUCCCAGCCCCAGAUCCAGCAGCUCACCCUCCACUCGGGCUCGGUGGUGACCCAGCACCAGGGCCAGCUGCUGCAGCCCCAGCAGCAGCAGCAGCAGCAGCAGCAGCAGCUGGGCCACACGGAGGUGCUCCACAUGACCUUCCAGCCGCUGGGCCAGACCCAGGGACACCUCCAGCAGAUCCCCCUCCAGCUGCAGGCCCUGCAGACGGCCCCCGUGGCCCAGGGGGACGCCCAGCACCAAGGCAUCGUGGCCAACGGGGACGGCUACGUCCUGGACACCUCCGUCCUCAGCUCCUCCACCUCCUCGGCCCUCGGCCAGCAGGGCCCGGCGGUGGUCUGGGAGCAGACCGCCGAGGGGCUGGCUGACGGGGGGGUGCAGGCGCUGCUCUAACGCAAUGAGGACACGACACACACGGGGACCGUGCACGCUAAACAUGUAAUGAAAGACGAGGAAAUGGGAUGAAAUAGAUGGAUGUUAUUGUCAGUGACCCUAUAUGCUAUAAUGCAACGUUUGAGACGCGCGUAAAAUCGCAAAUGUAUGAUUUAACCUCACCCCACGUUCUGAUAACGUUUUGGAUAAAACGUGUCAGGGAGCGAUGUCUGCGUGUGUUUAAAGUCCCUGUGUACGUCGAAGUUGUUUGUACAUAAAGUGAUGUAAUGUUAGUCCAAACUUAACUGGUCUUUUAUAUUAGUGUGUGUUUGCGUGCAUUUGUGUUUAAAACUAGUUGAAGGACAUUAUGUUUUGCUAUUUGCAGAACACAAACUUAUAUGCAAAGCUAUAGCAUAGCACCAUGUUUUAUGAAACAUAUUAAUGCGUAGACUACGGCUUUGACUUUUGCCCAAAAAUCCUAUUCGAAGUUCGUUUGUUUAUUAAUAUUCGAAUAUAUUCGAAUAUUUAUUAAUAUUGACCAUUAAAUGCCUUCAGUAAAACCUGGAUUGGGCUUCGCGAGGUUUGUUUACCGAAGUUACCGGUCUUGCGUGUUACAACGGUUUAUUAGGUUUCUAAUAAAUCGCUGUCUAAUCAAUACUUUAUUCACUGCCUCUUCCGUGGUCAUUACAAUAUUAUGAAUAGACUCGAAUAACGAAGUUCGGAGUCAAAGCCCUAGUGUAGACAAAUGUAUUUAGCAACAUUCGGGGUUCUGUACAAUGUAUUAAUGUUUUGUUUCACAGGCAUAGAACAGAAAAUACUCAAUGGUCUCAGAAAAUGUGGAGCUUUUGUUGGAUCAAGCAGUUUUAUUUUUAAAGCAACAAUUAUGGAAACCCCAAGUUGUGUCUCCAAUAAACCUCAUACGCAAUAUAGAGCAUCACAUAAUAAACUGUUUAUAAGAUCA